UUAUAAAUUCUCUCUUUUUUCUACUUUCGUUUUCUUCAUGCCUUGGUACAAAGAUUAUUUUAUACUUAUAAUAUCGUCAUGUUUCGCUAUCCCUUGUAUACUAUUAGUCCAUUUGGAGAGAAAGUGUGCAACCCUACAUAACAUUGUACUACAGCACGAGUCACUUCUAAAGGCCAGUAGUUUAAAGCAAGAUUCGUGGAAGGACCAGUAUCUCGAUGAAUUUCGACAAGACUUAAAGAAGCUGAAACUGGAGCUUGAGUUACAAAGAAAGGAAACUGAUGAAUGUCUCAAAGACAGAAAAAAAUAUGAGGCUGAAUUUUUAAAAGUAUCAAGAAUUUGGGAGGAAAAUCAGAUACAUUUUAAACCAAAUCAAGAUGACAUAAAGAAAACCCCAAUGGAACAAACAAACCAAGAAGAUCCAGACACACAAAAGAAACAGAAAGAGAUAGCUGAAGCCGUAGUGCAUGUAACAGUUCUUAUAUCUAUUGCAUUCUUAUUUGUGCUGUAUCAAAUUAAGAGGAGUUUCAACUGGGCAUAGUGAAUUGGACACAUUUGGCUGAAUUACUGAAAGAGACAUUUGAAAAUUAUUUUUAUUAUAUCUUCAAUUUAUUUAAGAAUGAAGACAAGAAGCAAUAAAUGAUGAAUUUAUAUUUGUAAAAAAAACUUUAAAAAUAACAAGAA